CGGGCGCGCGGGGCGGAGGGACGCUGGCUACCUUGGACAGCGCGUCGCCGUCGCCGGCCAUGGAGCAUCUAAAGGCCAUUGAUGAUGAAAUCAAUGCUUUUUUAGACAAUAUGUUUGGACCUCGAGAUUCUCGAGUCAGAGGAUGGUUCAUGCUGGACUCCUACCUUCCCACCUUCUCUCUCACUGUUAUGUACCUGCUUUCAAUCUGGUUGGGUAACAAGUAUAUGAAGAACAGGCCUGCUCUCUCUCUCAGGGGGAUCCUCACCUUGUACAAUCUUGGAAUCACACUUCUCUCCGUAUAUAUGCUGGCAGAGCUCAUUCUCUCCAGUUGGGAAGGAGGCUACAACUUACAGUGUCAAGAUCUUGCCAGUGCAGGGGAAGCUGAUGUUCGGGUAGCCAAAGUGCUAUGGUGGUACUAUUUCUCCAAAUCAAUAGAGUUCCUGGACACAAUUUUCUUUGUUUUGCGGAAAAAAACCAAUCAGAUUACUUUUCUUCACGUCUAUCAUCACGCCUCUAUGUUCAACAUCUGGUGGUGUGUUCUGAACUGGAUACCUUGUGGACAGAGUUUCUUUGGACCAACACUGAACAGUUUCAUCCACAUCCUUAUGUACUCCUACUAUGGGCUCUCUGUGUUUCCAUCUAUGCACAAGUAUCUCUGGUGGAAGAAAUACCUCACGCAGGCUCAACUGGUUCAGUUCGUGCUCACCAUCACGCACACCAUGAGCGCUGUCGUCAGACCCUGCGGCUUUCCCUUCGGUUGCCUUAUCUUCCAGUCAUCUUACAUGCUCACGUUGGUCAUCCUGUUCUUAAAUUUUUACGUCCAGACAUACCGGAAAAAGCCAAUGAAGAAAGGUGUGGAAGAGCUACCUGCAGGGAAAGAAGUUAAGAAUGGCUUCUCCAAAGCCUGCUUCACGGCAACUAAUGGAGCGGUCAACAAGAAAGCACAAUAAAAAGAGUAACAGGAAAAGCAUAUACAGUAGCCUAACAGAUUCGCUUGUUUUAAAGCAAAGACUGAAAGUUAUAUACGUUUUAGCAUAAGCUAAUUUCUUUCGAGUUUAUAAAUCAUUCCUACCAGAAUGUAUUAAUAGAUUGCUAUUAGGUUUAACAUGUUCACUAAAGCCUUUGCUCAGCACUGACAUGAAGCUGACCUCAAAAUUGGUGCCACUCCCCUACCACUCCCUCCCCACUCGUAACUUAACCCCUAACCAAAAACUUUUUAGCAAUUUAUACAGAUACAAACCUAGUAAACAUGGAACAUUUUUUUCCUCACAGCAAGCCUUCAGAUAAAAAGUUAAAGUUUUGUUCAGUGAAAAUGUUUAAACUAAAAAGUUAACUGUCUUCUAAAUACAGGGUGUGUUUUAAUCUACAUUUUAAGCAAUAAUUGCCAGUGCAUUAUCAAUAUGUCUGUUCCAUUAGGAAUCAACACCAGGAGAUAUCAAAAUGGAAUCAUAAAUGUAAGACAGAAAAAUCUAGCAAAACUUCUCUCUUAAGUCAGAGUCUUUCUGACUUUCCCACCACUCCUGAUUCUAAAUUUAGUGAUACAAUGAUGAAAUGUGUGUAUUUUAUUUUGAAGAUUAGUUCUUCAAAGAAGACAUCCUCUGCCAAAUCCUCAUAACUCAGGAGCUUUGGGUAGGAGUUGUUCCUCAGUUUUAAUUUGAUUUCCUCAAUUUUUCAUGUAUUCGUGUUUACUUCCCAUGCUAGUUAGUCUAGGUUAGGACAGACAGACAGCCAGCCUGCUCCGUGCUAAAAGCAGUGUCUGAAUCUGGCUGCCCACUGCCUUUCUGAGUAAGGGCUAGAGUCCUUAUCUGCUCUUCUUAUCUGCUCUUCUCUAUUCCUACGUGCCUCGGGAAUAGUUACAGAUCAGAACUAAUGGAGCAGACAGACACUGACUUUGUCAACCACUGCUUGGGAAAACUAUUUGUGACUAUUAUCCCAAAUACCUGCUACUGUCCUUUGCAAGUUAGUUAGGUUUUUGAAAAUAGGAAGAAAAAGAGUGCUCCAGAAAGAUUCCAACACUGAGCCAUGGGCUGAUAAUGAGCCACGAUGAGAAUUGCCAAACUGGCAAAUGCAGCACAUCCUUUCCCUGUUCAGAUAUUGCCAUCUCUACAGAGAAUCAAGCACAAAAGCAGAAGAGUGACUAUUUCCUUCCUCCCCAAGUGUUGGACUAUCAUUUAUUAUUAAAUUGUAUUAAGAAUGGAAAUGGAAUAUUUUCUCAAGAUUCGAUGAACGUUAAUUUAUACCCUGUAAAUUGAGACUUGCCAACACUGACAUUUUAUCUUGGUUCCUGUUUAAUUCAUUUUAAAGUAAGUUUCUAGGUCAUAAAGUUGACAUCAAAUACAUAUGCAUCAGAAAGCAGAAAGAUAUUUCACAUUAUAGGCCAAGGGCCUUUCUGUCCCUUGCUUGCCAUCUUUUUUUCCUGCACUCUAGUUUUAAAUUGACUUUCCUCUUGAAAAAUAAAUAAAUAAAUAAAACUCGCACUGACUUUUCUAAAUUUUAAUUCAUGUAAACUACCCUUCUCAGGAUUUUGACUCACUUUUUGAAAGGUGACUAUCUCUUAGUAGUCUUCAGGGUGAAUGACUUAUACCCUGGGACAUCCCCCUCUCUGCUGGUUGAUCUAUUUCUGCUGAAGAGACAUUUCCUUCUGAUGUCCACUUACUCUCAGAUUUAUUUUUCUAAGCAGUUUUCUAAAACUAAUUUGCUCACCACUUCCCUCUUGCACCACCAUAUAACUGUUUUCAACAUAUUGCUUUCUCCCAGCAAUUCAAACCAGGGCUAGCCUCGAGUCUGGCUGUCAUUGCUUUUCUAGGACAAAACACAAAUUGGACUGAGGAGGAAGCCUCCUGGAGAAAGGGGAUGCUAAGUCCAUUUUAGGUCUGGAGCUUGGACAUUCCAUGUAAAAACAAGAAAUAGAGAGCUAGUAGACAGACAUCAGAGGUCAUAAUUAUAUUCAGCUCAUUCUUUGUUGUCGUAAGGCCUUCAAGUCCCAAGCUCAGUAUCAAGGCUGCAAUUUGGUGUGCUUUCAGGUAUUUCAUGGCUGUGUGUAAGGAGGGUGGGUCAUCCUACAGCAGAACGAGAGAGCCAAGCAGCUGUCAGUACAAGGCAGCUUGAAACCUCUAGAUCAAAGUGAAGAACUUGGUAGUUAACUCCUUCAAGCUAAUGCCAGAGAUCUAGUUAGAAUUUUCAGGAUGUUUAUUUCCAGUUUGGUCUUUGAUUCUAGUGAAAGUUAAAAAACGUAUAGCCUUAAACCAUUCAGGGGAUGAUAAUACACAGAACUUUGGAAUCUUAGCCACAAAAAUGGAAUCAGGUAAAUACUUGAACCUGUCGUUAAGUGUUAUAACUUUAAAGAACACAACUGUUUAAUUUUAGUGUGAUUUGCUUAAAAUAGAACUGUAAAAAAAUUAUAAAUCUGUAUAAUCUGUUUAAACAAAUGGAAAUUUUUUCCCAAAUGAAUUUCCUCUUACUCAUGGGAAUGAAAACACUUAAUACUAUAAGAGUAUCAAUUAGUAAUUACCCCAAUUUUUAAUGUGAAAAAUUAAAAUGGAAUGUUUAUUGAAUAGAAGUAGACAUAGACUUUCUCAACCCGUCAAACUAUGUUAGCCAUACUGGGGAAUAAAGUCCUUCCCAAAACUAUCAGAGAGGUAUUUCUUAUUUUUGUUUAAGGCAAAAUGGUAUUUAGAACAGCAUUUAGCAUGUGAGAGACCAUUCUAGUCUUUUUUCCAAUAUUUUCAUAUUGUUUCAUGAGUGUUUAUAGGGGCUUUCUUAUUUGUAAAAUAAGGAUAUCACUUUUUUUUGUUCUCUUUUGAAAUUAUAUCUUAAGAACAUAGUAUCAUGAUUGGGGUGGACAGGGAGGCAAUAGAAGCCAUUUUUCUUUAUAGAUAGAUA